GUACAGAGAUGGUGAGAGAGCUCGACAGACAGGCCGCUGAGUUCUGCCAGAUUAUCGUCUGAUCGACUCUACCAGACAAACCUCGGCUAGAAGGCACCACCAUACCCGACAUUGGCCGACAUUUCUAUAUCUACACACCCACUACUAUUCUCUGAAUCGGUACGGAGGCAGGCGAGGCAGUCAUGACCGCUCUUGCUCACAAGAUCCUCGGCAAUGUUGUGCCCAAUGUGUCCGGGCUGGUUCAAAUUACCGAUUCACCUCAUGAGCAUGGUCUACUUCUCGAUCGACAGCCGGGCACUCCUCUCGUCGAGCUCUGGUCGACACUAAGCCCAAUGGACCAGGCUACAGUUCUCAAAAGCCUUGUUGAUCUGCUUGUACGAAUGCGAGCACCACACGCAGAUUUGGACUAUUAUGGUCGUCCGAACGGACAACCGUACAUCACCCCGACCGAGUUUGGCCCAGAUGAUACCCACUCUUUCUGUCACACUUUUCAAGAAUGGAAUGCGUCUCGUGUACGUGCGCUCCAAAAUUCCGUGGAGGAAACUGGCAUAGAUGAAACUCGCGUACAAGAACUGGAGCACGUCCAGCAGGAGACGUUUCAAUCAGAGACAACCCUUGGAAACUUACCAGUUCUCACGCAUGGGGACCUCUCGGACCGGAAUAUACUAGUCGACCCUUCUACACUUCAGGUGACGGGUCUCCUCGACUGGGAGUUGGCCAACAUUGCCCCUGCCUAUUUCGAGUAUGUUGCAGCACGUCUUGGCGGCGGUCAUGAUCCCCCAUGGCGGAAAGUAUUGCUAGAAGUCCUACGCCAGGUUUUGCGCAUAGAAUGCGAUUGCGCAGUGGGCAGAACGGAUACCAAGCAGGAUCUUGCAGUCUCCAGAAGCGAAGAUCUGUUCAUGGGAUCCAUGGCCGCGUGGAAUUCCCUCGUUGAUGUCGAACGAUUUGCGCAAGGAUAUACAGAUGACUGCUAUUGGACUUUUGAAGAGGCAGCAUAGUAGUGCUCGCAGUAGAUACCGCCAGCGAACAUGAUCAGCGGUUUGGCAAGCUAUGACACGGCUACGAUAGAGGACGCCUACAUCUUCGAUACAUGCCUCG